GUCAAUCACCCGUUCCUAUUACCGGAAUUCAGUAGGAGGCUUGCUGGUGUUUGAUAUCACAAACAGGUCUUCUUUUGAACACGUAUAUGAUUGGUUGGAUGAAGCAAAAAUGCACGUUCAACCUUUCCAGAUUAUCUUCAUCUUGGUGGGACACAAAUGCGACUUGGAAUCAGAGCGCCAGGUUACAAGAGAGGAAGCUGAAGAACUAGCAUCAGCCUGUGGCAUAAAAUACAUAGAAACAUCUGCCAAGGAUGCCACAAACGUUGAAGAAUCAUUCACUAUUCUCACUAAGGACAUAUAUGAGCUUGUGAGAAAAGGAGAGAUUUCAAUACAGGAUGGAUGGGAAGGGGUGAAAAGUGGCUUUGUUCCAAAUGUUGUACAUUCCUCAGAGGAAGCUACCUCACUGGGAGAACAAUGCUCUUGCUAA